CUUGUCUUGUGUUACCAUAUAUAACGAAAUAACAACAUUGCUUGCAUUGUACUUCUUAAUAUAACUUUUAUCUAAAAUAUUAGAAUUGUCAAGGAGUAACUUGGAAAAAUAAUUAUUUUUAAUAUGGCUUCUAAAAAAAAACGUCAUUGUGUCAUGGAGUGUAGUGGGUCCAAGAAACCAAAAAUAUUAAAUCAUGUGCGAUCUUUGUUGGAUAUCACCUCUCAGUGCAUAGCCAGUAAUUUCCCUUAUGAAGAAGUUGAACAAAAGAUCGGCUGCAUCCCUAGCCCAGUUUUAAAACGAAUAUUGUAUUACGCUUUCCCGCUCAAAGAAUCAAGCAUCGAAAUGUAUUCAUCAAAUAAGCUUUAUGCAAACACUACAGACCUAUUAAAACAACCAUUCCAUACAGGACUUAAGUUAGUGGAAACUGGAUCGGUUGAUGAUGUAGUACAAAUUGGUUUUCACUUGAACGGAACUGUACAAGAAAGGAUUGGAAUUUGCAGCAAACAGAAGAUCUACACUUUUAAAUGUUCUAUAAACUUUGAUCGAAACUGUAUAACCAGCACUCAAUGCAGUUGUAGUAAAAAAAAUUUGUUGUGGUGUUCACACGUCGUAGCACUUGCAAUUUAUCGAAUACGCAAUGCCGACUCAAUACCAAUAAAACCACCCAUAUCGGAUUCAAUUGUCCAACUUAAAAAAAAAGAUUUGCAAAAGCUAUUGCUCAUGUUAGUUUCAUCUCAUAAAAAUGAUAUUCUGCCUUCCGUUCAAAAGCUGUUAGAUGAAAUAACUGUUCCAAAUUCAGAAUUUAAUUUAAUAUGUGGUCUACCAGAUCCAACUGCCGGCGGAAGCUGUGGAGAAGACAUUAUCUGGUUUAUGGAUCAAGAAAAUAUAAAAGAACAAAUUAAAAUUGAUAUGGUCGAGGGAACCGCUGGGAGAAAUGUUAUUGCUCACUUAAAUAAGGUACGCGAAAUGCUUGCCGCAAAAGAUAGUAAUUAUUUAAAUCUACUUACCGCAGUCACUGACGCCAUAUUAGAAGAAAGUAUUAACAAACCUCAAAUUCAAGUAUGUCAUCGAGUACAGAGAAUAUACGACGAAUUGCAGUCGCUCUGGUUUUGUGUAUUUUUAAAUCCUAAUCUACCGAAUUCAAUAAAAAAUAAAUUGAGAACAUAUUUAUAUAAAUACUUCGAAUGUGAUCUAUGUCCAACUGAAAACUACGAUGAUAAACAUUCCAAAAAAUUGUUACAAGAGGUUGUGAACUGUGACAAUUCAAAAGACGAUUUAUUUAUUUUGGCAUCAACGGUGGAAAGUCUCCGUUUAUGUGGAUGUGAAGAAAAAGCUUUAAAUUUAAGCCAAAAAGCACUCCAGAUUCAAAGACAGUUGGAUAAAAAAAAUUUUUUUGGAUCAAACACAAAUCCUAUUCAAAUAUUUUACAAUUGCUUUACUGAUAAUAGUCUUGAUAGUGAAGCCUUCGAGAUUGCUAUUAUUUCCCUUUUCAAUUCGUUUGAGCUUCCGAAAGGCGAGUAUGCACAAAACCGUCUUACACAUCGAUGUGAAAAACUCAUAUCUUUACUGGAAAAACAUGACAUUAAAAAUGUGGAAAUUAAAGCAAUUUUAACAAGAUAUUCGAAUGAGUUUUACUCGCGUUUUUCUAACGUUCCAAAUCGCUUAAAUAUUCUUCCCAAUCAUUGUUUUGCACGUUACAUUUUCGAAAGCUUAUCAACUAGUGAUGUUUCUCUUGCAUUUCAACUAGGACUUUACUUUCUGCCUUUAGUUUUGAACAAAAAUGAAACAGAAAACGAGGAUGAAGACCAACUUGUAUUAGAAAACCUUAGAUUUAAUGACACUUCAUGUUACGUCAUUUCACAUGUUGAACAUCAGCAGGGAGAGCUAGCAUCGAGUUUACUAAAAGUUUGUCUUAUUAAUCCAUCAUAUCUAAAAAUUACUUUAAAUUCUAUUCUUGAUGACGUUAAAAAUCCUUCUCAACUUGUGCGUUUAUCUAAAAUAUGCAGAGAUACUGCAGUUACCGAACAAAAAGUUAAUGGUGAAAUAACUAAUUCAACCAAUGAGGAACUACUUGGAGCCGCAUUCGAACUAAGUGUUCGCAGUGUUCGACUGGUUAAUAAUAUUGAUGAGCGAAAAACUUGCAUAAGGUGGUUGGUUUCUUGUGCUGUUGAAACCGGUCGUCGAGCAAUUGAAUUUAUUAUUAGAAACUGGAACGAUUUGUUUGAAGCAAAAGAGAUUAGUAGCGAUGUAGGUCCAAUAUUAACUUCGCAGCCGGUAUUUUUCCACCUAAAUCUCACUUCAUUAAACGACAAAGAAAAACUUUUAUCCGAUAUACGUACUAUGGUAAUCGAAGCUUGUAUUAAAGAUCCAGUUCCGUGUACUCUGUUUGCAUUGACUCUUUGUGAAAACGAAACUGAAAGUUUAGAGCUAGUUUGUCAAAUUGUAUACGAAUCAAGUCCUCGGUUUAAUACCGCGCAGUUGUUUAGUGUUGCGCGUUAUCUUGAGAGUAAAAAGCACCAUCAAAAAGCGUUUAAAAUUGCAAUACAAGCUUUAAAAAAAUUGGACAUAGGGCCGUUAGAAAACCAACACCCAGCUAUUUGUGACGUUUUAUGGUUAGGAAGUUUGGCUUGUACUCUUGGAAUGGACGAACUGACUCAACUUAUUCCUGUAAUAGAAAACUGUAUUCAUAAUCCUUUAUUACUGACUGAAAUCGCUCAGCGUUGUGAAACAAUGAAUACACACAGUGGAAUAAAAUAUUCAUGCCUUCACGAACCUUUAAAUAGACUAAUAGCAUAUGCGCAAAAGUUAUUUGUCCAAGAUGUAGAAAUUAAGUUGCAUAGCAUUACUAGAAAAAAUUACUUAGACUUUACAAAAUAUUUGCAAAAAAUAAGAAAAGCGUUUACUCUAUCCGAGGAUGGUGCUGAGCAAUUUCAUUGGCUUAUAGACUAUAUUAUGACGUCACAACGCGGAAAAAAGAAGUUACACCAAGUUCUCUCCGAGACAUUUUUAUGUUGUCAAUAGUAAAAGAGUUUGCAAAUAUUUUUAUACUGUAAAUAGAAAUUAUAUAUUUAUUGAAAAAAAUAUUUAUUAUAUACAAUAUAUAUAUAAACAUUUUUAUUAAA